AUGAGAGAUAUUGACACAUUGUUGCUGGAUCUCAUUUGUGCAGGUCCUGUUCGGACGCGCUCCUUACACGCUGUGUUUUCCGACGCGGUAGGAAGUCAGCCGCGUCACGAGGAGAAUCGGCCGCUCAACACCAGUGGUCAUGCUCCACAAAUCCCGGCCUCGCGUGGUGAUGCGACUUCCGCUCACGUCAAUGGCGUGGGAACGCCAUCUGCUCACCAUUCUCUGCGUUCCGGAAGUCAGGGCCGGUCGGGUGGGCGGCGAGCAGGUCAGGCGGCCCGCCAGAGUUCCGCCAAUGCCGCAGGGCGCACGUCUGCUGCUGCUGGCGCAGGCCAGCAGUUCCGCCACGCUGCAGGGAGCAACACCGCCGCUGAUGCAUCUGGCGGGCUGCUUGGCGAGACCGCUGGGCGCACGUCUGCUGCUGCUGGCGCAGGCCAGCAGUUCCGCCACGCUGCAGUGAGCAACACCGCCGCUGAUGCAUCUGGCGGGCUGCUUGGCGAGACCGCUGGGCUGACGUCUGCUGCUGCUGGCGCAGGCCAGCAGUUCCGCCACGCUGCAGGGAGCAACACCGCCGCUGCUGCAUCUGGCGGGCUGCUUGGCGAGACCGCUGGGCUGACGUCUGCUGCUGCUGGCGCAGGCCAGCAGUUCCGCCACACUGCAGGGAGCAACACCGCCGCUGAUGCAUCUGGCGGGCUGCUUGGCGAGACCGCUGGGCUGACGUCUGCUGCUGCUGGCGCAGGCCAGCAGUUCCGCCACGCUGCAAGGAGCAACACCGCCGCUGAUGCAUCUGGCGGGCUGCUUGGCGAGACCGCUGGGCUGACGUCUGCUGCUGCUGGCGCAGGCCAGCAGUUCCGCCACGCUGCAGGGAGCAACACCGCCGCUGCUGCAUCUGGCGGGCUGCUUGGCGAGACCAGCGGCAUGCCGCGAAUCAAGCCACGUUAG